GAAUAUAAAAUUUAGCGUCAUCUUUUUAAACAGUUCCGUGCCAUUCCUGAUUUCUUGUUGUGAAAUACAGAAAUGCACCGUUAUUUUUAGAAUUUAGGAAAGAGAAAGAUAAUUGUCGGUGACGGUGAGUGGGUUUCUCCUUGCCGUUCUCUAUCUUCAGAGACUUAUCUUCACGGUUUGAUCAUUUUGGCUGUAGUCUCUGUAACCGGAAAUGAAACUCGGGUCAGGAGGAUCUGGCGUAGUCGUCCCUAGGAAUUUUAGGUUGCUUGAGGAGCUUGAACGUGGGGAAAAAGGCAUUGGAGAUGGUUCUGUCAGCUACGGAAUGGAUGAUGGUGAUGAUCUUUACAUGUGUUCUUGGACUGGAACCAUAAUCGGUCCGCCUAAUACUGUACAUGAUGGCCGAAUUUAUCAACUGAAGCUGUACUGUGACCAAGAUUAUCCAAAUAAGCCUCCAAGUGUUCGCUUCCAUUCGUGUAUCCGCAUGACCUGUGUGAACAGUGAAACUGGAGUGGUUGAACAAAAUAAGUUUGCAGUUCUUGCAAAUUGGCUGAGAGAGUAUACAAUGGAAACCAUCUUGAUUCAGCUGCGGAAAGAAAUGGCUGCACCGCACAACCGGAAGCUCCCUCAACCGGCAGAAGGAACCUUUUACUCUUAGCUGAAACUUCAAGCAUUCUACUAGGUCUAGUAUCUUUCACUGUCUGUUGUUAUCAGAGAAAGAUGGAGAUGUAAGACUAUAUAUGACCAUCUUACAUGUGUCUAUACAUACUUCCGACUCUAUGUCCAAAUGAAUGUUAGAACUAACUAACAUGGUGAACCUUAGUCAGACUUUUUCUUCUUUGUUCUACUGCCUCCCUCCCAACCAUUCUCAUAAGCUGCAUUAUAUCUUAAUUUGGAUUCUUCCUUCAUUUUUCAUUUACUGGCAGUGGCGGACCGAACAUGGGGGCUAAUGGAGGAUCCCCCCCCCCCAAUUUUUUUCCUAGGUAUAUUUAUUCCGAAAUUUUAAUAUGUAUGUCUUUAUAUGUAUUUUUUACAUUGCCGCCCCUCCUAGCUAGAAUUCUUGCGUCCGCCGUUGUUUACUGGUUUAUAGUUGCAUCUUCUCGGAGUUCUUUC